AUACAAAAUUUUUGUGGCCCUUAAACCGUAACUUAAUUUUGUGGGAAAAUUUACAAACCAUGUCUGGUAAGGCAGCUUUUGCUAUACAGACUUUAUUUUCGACAGCAUCUCGAGACAGAUGUAUAGCGAAUAUGAUGAAAUUUCCCAUUCCUCGAAGACAGGGCAAAGAGCCUACUGCGUCGGCGGCCGUUCUUAUUCCUCUGUGCGACGUUGACAACACUCCGUCAUUGUUGUACACUGUGCGGGCGGACAACCUGAGGAGCCAUAGCGGACAAAUUUCGUUUCCUGGUGGAAAAAUGGAUAAAAACGAGACGCUGGUACAAACUGCCUUACGUGAGACUGAAGAAGAAAUAGGCCUGUCACGGACAAAGAUAGAACUGUGGGGACAGGGACCCCCCGUGCCGGGGCGCAACAACCAAAUCAUGAUAACCCCUGUGGUCGGGGCUAUAAGGUGCUUAGAAGAAAAAGAUCUGGAUAUUAACAAGGAGGAGGUUGCCCAGAUCUUUACAUUACCAAUAGAAUCCUUGUGUGAGAAAAAGAAUCAACUCUACACACAGUUCAAUAAUGGCUUCAUAUUACCUGUGUUUAUUGUAGAUCAUUAUAGAAUAUGGGGAGUCACAGGCGUCCUCACCCAUAUGCUCCUUAGCUCUCUAUUUACUAAAGAUGUUUAUAAAAAUGAGUGGAUGAGACGGAAAGUUGAGUUAAAGUGAAUCUGAGUUUUCUAGGAGAAACAAUAAAUUAAUUAAAUACUCACAUAUAUUGAAAUAUUUAUUAAAGUAUGAAAGCUACUACAUAUCACAUGGCAUUGCAGUACUUAAUUGUAUAACUUACAAUUUUAUUCUAAAACUGAGCAAGGCACAAGAAGCAUUGAAGAUUAUCACAAUAAUUGGAAUUGAUAAAAAAUAAUGUCAAA